AGGCACAAACCUUUCGUUCUUUCGCUUUCUUGGUUCUUUUGAAACCCACUGUUUCCUUGGUUCGUUUUCUGUGUCCAAGAAAAACCCACAAUUUCUUUCUUUGUUUUCUUCAAGAGAUUUGGUGGGGGUUUAGUCUAUGAGCUGGGGUUUUACUCUGUUCUUGUUGGUCUUCAGUUGUUUGAUCCAAAAGGGUUUUUUUUUUCACAAGGGAAAUAAGCAAAGAUGCAUCCUUGGCUGAGAGCACAGAUGGUUCUUUCUUGCUGGGAACUGGUGGGUAGAAUUUUGGGUACGAGCAAGGAUGAUGUUAGUGAUGAUGAUGAUCCUGAUGAUUCCUCGCUCCAUUCUCCGCUAUUCUGGAGCAGAGACCUCGAAAAGCACCCCUAUGGCGAAUUCUCAUUCGCAGUGAUUAAAGGCAAUGAGGUUAUCGAGGAUCACAGCCAGGUCGAGACUGGAAGGGAGGCUACCUUUGUUGGAGUCUAUGAUGGGCAUGGUGGUCCAGACGCGUCUCGCUACAUAUCUAGGCGACUCUUCCGGAAUUUCAUCAUUUCUUACUUUGUGUUUGCCCAUGGAUGGUAUAAGGCAUCUAGAACUAUUGGUGAUGCAUACAUGAAGGAGCCAGAGUAUAAUGCUGAUCCUAGAUUCAGACGAUACUACCUCCCUCUCCCUGAGCCAUUCCAGCGGCCUCUUCUAACUCCAGAACCAUCAUUGCAUAGAAGGGUCUUACAACCCAGUGAUGGGUUUGUCAUUUUUGCAUCUGAUGGACUUUGGGAAAAUUUGACAAACCAGCAGGCUGUCGAUAUUGUCAAUAAACAUCAGCGAGCAGGAAUUGCAAGAAAACUUAUCAAAAGAGCUCUAAAAGAGGCCGCAAAGAAGAGGCAGAUGAACUUUGAUGAGCUACUGAGGGUUCCAGAUGCAACAAGGAGGAACUUCCAUGAUGAUAUCACAGUUGUUGUCAUCUUUGUAGACCAUGACUUGCUUGAAAAGGGGGCAUCUGUACCAGAGCUUUCAGUACGUGGAUUUGGUGAAGUAAAGGUCUGCCAUCCGAUGUAAUACUAGUCACUAGACAUGAUCUGUUGAGAUCUGCAAGCCUUUUUUGUGACAGAUGAAUGUUGAUAUCCCGGGUUUUCAAUUUGCUUUUAUACCCUUUCAAAGUAAGCUAGAGCGUGCAUCAAAUAUUGAGGCUUUGUUCUCUCAUAUUAGGUAUUCAUUCUUUUGGUAUACUCUGUAACAAGUACUCUGAAUAAUUGGAGUGACGAUCAGCUACUAAGAAAGCUGGGAGUUUCCU